AGUCGAGGAAAUCUGCCGGAACGGUUGCAUCGGUGCGAAAUAUCGCUGCUUGUGUGUUACCAUUUUUUGUUGCACUUUUCCUGCCUAAUUUGAUUGUUUUACGUUUUGUAACCGCAUUCUUUCUGUGCCAUUUCACGUGUGUUUUUGCAUGCAAUAUUUGGUGCCGUGAAAGAUUUCUGUUUUGUUUGGAGUAUCAUCCUCGUGAAGAUAUAAAUCGCAGUCGGUGGGAGUAAAAAAAAACCAUGUCAAAACCGAACGUUCUAGUCCUUGGAGGUUGUGGUUUCAUUGGCCGGCAUCUGGUGGACUAUCUGGUCACGAAUGAUCUGGCCCGGCGCAUUAAGGUGGUGGACAAAACUCCACCGCUCAUGGCAUGGCUCAAUCCCAAGCACUCGGCUGCAUUCGCGGACACCCGUGUGGAGUUUGCCAGUGCAAAUUUAAUCAAUUCGGCGUCAUGUCAAAAUGCCUUUCGUACGGACGAUAAUGGCGAGUGCGGCGGUUGGGAUUAUGUGAUCAACUGCGCGGCGGAGACGAAGCCCGGACAGACAGAUCCCGUGUAUCAGGAGGGGAUUCUAAAGCUGAGCAUCAACUGUGCAACGGAGGCUGUGAAGCAUAGGGCCAAGCGGUACGUCGAGCUGAGCACCGGUAGCAUGUGCUCCGACGAAAAGAUUCCACAAAAAGAAGACUGCCCGGUGGAACCGUGGACGAUGGUGGGAAAGUAUAAGGCGAAAGUGGAACAGGAGCUUGCCGGCAUGAACGAAUUGCCGUACACAAUCUUAAGGAUUCCGAUUUGCUACGGCGUUGGAGAUAGGAAAGGACUGACACCACGCAUAAUUAUUGCGGGCAUCUACAAGCACCUCGGAGAAACGAUGAAACUGCUCUGGACCGGAUCGAUGAAGAUGAGCCUGGUACAUGUGGACGAUGUGUGUGGCAGCAUUUGGGAGCUUCUGCAAACCGAUCGAACCAUUCACGAGACGAUCAAUGUUUGCGAUGAUAGUGACGCUACGCAGGCCUUAAUCAGCGAACUGCUGGUCGACAUGUUCGGAAUUAAGAUUGACUACUGGGGCGUGACGAUGUCCAACAUGACGAAGCUCGAUAUGGCCGGUGCAAUUGAAGAGAUCAACGAUCGGCACCUUGGCCCGUGGGCCGAACUGUGCCAGCGGGACGGCGUGCUCAAUACGCCGCUGACGCCGUACAUGGACCAGGAGCUGCUGCUCCACAAGCAUCUGCAUUUGAGCAACGAAAAACUUAAAUCCUACGGAUACCAAUUGCGGCGCCCUCACCUUACUCGAGAGUCGUUAGAAGAAAUAGUUCGAGAUUUCAUUGCGAUGAACCACUUCCCGAGAACGUUGCUAGACUGAACAUUUUAAUUCGUAAAAAAGACACGCCAUUCGAACAGAAUGGUUGACGUACGUUUAAAAGAAACUGAUAUUGACUUAUCGCCGAUCUUACUAAAUUACGACUAUGAGCACGAUCUCGGAACAAACUUUCUCGCCUUAAGCAGUGCAGCAGUAUGUUGAGAGUAUAUUAGACGAAUCAUAAGACAAGUUCAUUUAAUGUUACAUUUCUUAAGAUGCAGGAUAUUGGGAGCAUUAAUGUGAAAAACGGCAAACAAAACACUUUAGACUUUAUAACGAAUGGUGCGGCACGAAACCUAUAACUUAACGCAUAGCGUUGCAAAUGCUCCGAUAAGGAGAGUAAGAGUGAUGAUAUUCUAGCACUAUAGAUAAGAUAGUGAAUGUAUACAAACUAUGCCGAGACGAAAGUGGGAACCGGAGAGACUAGUAUUUUUAGUCUUAAAACACGAACACAGAACGUCACUUCUUCCCGUUUUGUAUAUGUAUUUCAAUCUUGAAGAGCGUGAAUACAUUUCGGAACGCCAUUCCAAUUUGGGUGAUUAUUACCGGCAAGCAAGAAGCUGCGGACAAAAAAAAAAUUAGAUAAUUAAAGAAAUCGUAUUCUAAAGUCAAUUGUACUGGAGAUUGUUUAAAAAAUCAUGUGCCUCCAAAAAGCGGAAACAAAGAUUCUAGUAUUUUCCCUCCCAAGGAUGUAAUAAAAUAAUGUUUUGCUGAAACAAGAA